AGGCCGCCGCCGCCGCCGCCGCCGCCGCGCGAACAUGGCGGCCGAGAUCCACUCCAGGCCGCAGAGCAGCCGCCCGGUGCUGCUGAGCAAGAUCGAGGGGCACCAGGACGCCGUCACGGCCGCGCUGCUCAUCCCCAAGGAGGACGGCGUGAUCACGGCCAGCGAGGACCGAACCAUCCGAGUGUGGCUGAAGAGAGACAGCGGGCAGUACUGGCCCAGCAUUUACCACACGAUGGCCUCUCCUUGCUCUGCUAUGACUUACCAUCAUGAUAGCAGACGGAUAUUUGUGGGCCAGGAUAACGGAGCCGUAAUGGAAUUUCAUGUUUCUGAAGAUUUUAAUAAAAUGAACUUUAUCAAGACCUACCCAGCUCAUCAGAACCGAGUGUCUGCGAUUAUCUUCAGCUUGACCGCAGAGUGGGUGAUCAGCACCGGCCACGACAAGUGUGUGAGCUGGAUGUGCACGCGGAGCGGGAACAUGCUUGGCAGGCACUCCUUCACGUCCUGGGCUUCGUGUUUACAAUAUGAUUUUGAUACUCAAUAUGCUUUUGUUGGUGAUUAUUCUGGACAGAUCACCCUGCUGAAGCUUGAACAGAGCACUUGUUCAGUCAUUACAACCCUCAAAGGACAUGAAGGGAGUAUUGCCUGCCUCUGGUGGGACCCUGUUCAGCGGUUGCUCUUCUCCGGAGCCUCUGACAACAGCAUCAUCAUGUGGGACAUUGGAGGAAGGAAAGGCCGCACGCUCUUGCUCCAGGGCCAUCAUGACAGGGUGCAGUCGCUAUGUUACCUUCAGCUCACGAGGCAGCUCGUCUCCUGUUCCUCGGACGGCGGAAUUGCAGUGUGGAACAUGGACGUGAGCAGAGAGGAGGCUCCUCAGUGGUUGGAAAGUGAUUCUUGUCAGAAAUGUGAGCAGCCCUUCUUCUGGAACAUAAAGCAGAUGUGGGACACAAAGACGCUGGGGUUGAGACAGCAUCACUGCAGGAAGUGCGGGCAGGCCGUCUGCGGCAGGUGCAGCAGCAGGCGCUCGAGCUACCCGCUCAUGGGAUUCGAGCUCCAGGUCCGGGUGUGUGAUUCCUGCUACGAGUCCAUCAAGGACGAGGAUCGGACUUCUCUAGCAACGUUUCAUGAAGGAAAACAUAACAUUUCCCACAUGUCCAUGGACGUGGCUAGGGGACUGAUGGUGACCUGUGGGACCGAUCGAGUUGUAAAGAUAUGGGACAUGACGCCUGUGGUGGGCUGCAGCCUGGCGACCGGGUUUUCUCCACGUUGAUCCGGGAGCUGGGCGAGAUCCGCACCUUACCAGCACAACCGUCACCAAAUGCCAUCCCUCCCUGAGCUCCACAGUCACUGUCACAUGAUGGACAGUAACCACUAAAAAACAAGUCCACAUUUUUAAAAAGAAAAAAGUGUAAAGGUGUGUUUUUGGGCAUUCGUGGAACUACCUGUGGGGACUAAUAUGGAAAAGGUUCACCUGUAGUGGUUCCCUGAGGAAUGGAAUUACUUCAGCGAGACUUCUUCAUGAACAAAGAGCUAAUGUGUACUGAAAGAAUAAUUUAGCAAAUGGGAGUUUUAGAGGAAAAAUAUUGAGCAAAAAAUUUAAUGCUUAGAACUUUCUUGAAGCAGUUCCAAGUACACACAGACUUCUGGCCCUCCGAGGGCUCCUACGGCUCUGUGGUUAGAGCAGGAAUUAAGGGGAAGGAGGACUUGUUCUCUUUCUUGAGGGGUGCAAUAAGAACUUAAGAACCCAGAGAUCCCUCCUUGGUUGCUGGCCGUAUGUGACUAGUCUCUAUACUUAGUUAUUGACGAAAUUCUUCAAGAUGUCUGUUCUCUUCAGGUAGUGCCCUUAGCGUUGGCCUGCUCAGUUGUUUCUCUUCCAGCCAAUAUACCAUGGGCGAACAUUCCCAGUUGUUACUAAGGGAGUUAUAAAAUUUCUAUAUUAACCAAGGCAGUCCACGUUCUUCCCUUUCCCCCAAAUGUGCUCUGAGGACAAAGCGUUUUUAUGGUGCUGUUAACAUGGGAGUCACACAAGCCGCCUGACUUUUCCUCAUUGCAAUUAGUAAUGACUAACGGAAAACCCAGCUACCAGCAUGAUUGUGAUGGGAAGUGAUCAGUCUGUUCCGUGGAACAGCCCAGUUCUCCUAAAAGGCGCAUUCUAUUUGUAGUUCCAAGGUGAGCCCCUGUGAUAGUGUAGCAAUUUAAUAUACACCUCAGAAAAGAACUCCAAAGCUUUUUAAACUCCAUUGACUUUUAGUCGUAACUAAUAUUAUUAUUAUUUCAUAGACAGCAGUUGGUAACCCAGAGCAGUAGUUGUUAACCAGGUCCUGCACAGUCAUUCCUAACUUGUAAAUUGCUUUCAUAACAACUAGCAAAAUCUGUUGUGUCAAAUGCAUUUUAAAAGUGUUUGGCCACUUAGUACCUGGAUGGGGAAGAGGUGGGGGGUGGGGAGCCUGUCUUUUAAUAUUCAAAUAUUUAUUUGAUUGAUUGUUUUUAACAAUAGUAAUUGUAUCUAUUACUGUAGGGCUAUGGAAGUGAGUGGAAAGAGGCCUACUUUUUUAAGCAUAAAUUUAGAAAUAGCAACAGUAUUUUUGUUAGUCUUACUAGUGGAUAUUGAUAAAAACUCACAACUGCGUCUCUGUGUUGGGAUCAUAUCAAGACAACAUGGUCGUUCUAUAUGAUACAACUAAGGGACUAAAUUUGUUUUUUAACAGCAGCUGAGAGGGACUGUAAUGUUUAAGACAGGCAACUCAACUAAGAUGUCUUCUUAAUGGCCAAGUGGCACAAGUAAUAAGGAAAGAGAAGGCGGCCAGGCACAUCAUGUUCUAGAAUGAACUGCAUUAAAAGUUGACUUGCCUUCAGAAAUAAGACUGAGGGUUUUGUUGCUUCUUAUAAUUUUUGUGUUAUAUCACCUGAAAAAGAUGUUUCCUUUAAAAACUUUUCCGAGGCUCUUUGCAAAAUGUGUAUUAAUAACAUAGUCUGGAAGAAAAACCAAGUGGUGGUAACUUGUAAACGGCAAUGUUGAACAUUAGCUUUAGUUCAGUUCAUGGUUCGGCUCGUACCAAGGUGCUAUCCCUAUGAAGUCUGGAAAGGAAAAUAGAAUAUGAUCUAUUCCUUGCCAUGUUGAAGAGUGCUGAACUGUGGUUUUAUUUUCCUUUAACUUCUGUAAAAUGUGAUUUUAUAAUGUCUGUGGUAGACCGAGCAAAAUAUCGCAGCUGCCGAGAAUACCCCAUAGCUUUCAAACUUGUUUUGUUUUAAAAAAUUGUUAAUGAAAAACCCAAUGUUCCAUAGAGAGUAUAAGAUUGUUAUAGGGCCUCCUAAGGGAUUAAGCUAACAUAAGUCAAGGAGGAAAGGUCUAUUUAAGGAAGAAUUAGAGCAGGGUAUCCAGCAAAGGAAAGGAGAAUGUUUCAAUAUUGUUUUCUCUCCACCAGAGCCUAUUUUCAUUUUUCUUUUUAAAACACACGGUAGGCUUGCCUUUUCUCCAGCAUACACUAGGUAGCAAAUGGGGUAAUAUUUUUUAUAGAGGUGGGAAAAAAUUAUUUUCUGAAUUUUACUGACUGGGCACAUAAGGAAAGUACAGCUAGACGUCUAGUUAUUGCCUUAUUUUGACCGCGUUACUUUUAAACAGGUCAUUUAAAAUCGUUCUUCAAGUAAUGGUUUACUGGUUUUUCCAUUCCUGAAUACUCACGCUAAUUUGUACAAAUAGGGAUUAAGAAGUACAGAAUGUUAGAGAAGAUCCUUAUGUUGAGAUUAGUAUGUCUGUGAUAAGGAAUGCCAAUUCUUCAUUGUAAACAUGUUUUAAAAUUGCCCUUUAUUAGUGCAAAUACCCCUAUAGCAUUAGGUGGAAACAGAUUACUCAUUACAUUGUAAAUCUCUGUUUACUAUGUCCUAGUUCUGUCCUGCUGCCUAGAGGAUAUAAACAAAAAAUAUUGCUCUUGAAUCUGUCACUUUGUUCUCCCCCUAAAGAAUUCAGUUUGUUAGCACUUAUAUUUUUAAACUGUUGAAACUGGCCUAAGUAUGUAAUAAAUACCAUAGUGGCUCAGACCCAAGGAGAUAUUUUCUAAAAUCAGUUUUCAUUAAAUUAUUUUCUACUUUCGUUACUGGAUCUGGUGUCUCCUAAAAUGUAAGAAACCAGUUACUAAUGAUAAACCAUCUGCUCAUUAUAAAUGUGAGGUUUAACAAAUAAGUAAUACAUGCUAUAUUUAUUCAAGUGUCUAUUGCUUAAUUGUUAAUUGUGAGCACAUUAUUGAAUGCCGACUCUAUUUUCUGCAGUUUACUGUACAGUAACUCUUUGAGUAAGUUGAAGUUUAAUUGUGCAACAAAUUUAUAUUAGAAUACAAUUUAGAGUGUUUUUCUCUAUAGGCUUUUUGACUGGGGAAGCAAAGGGCAGUGUUGAUUAGUACAUUUUGUCUUGUACUAGCUAUGUUUCCAUAAGAUAUGGUACCCUGUGUAUCCAAGAGAGUUAGAAAACUUUGUUCUUUGCUCCUGUUUGUGGGUUCUGUUUUUGUGGGUUUUUUUGAGAGUGUGCGUACAAUAAAAUGUUCCCUGCUUGUUA